AUGGCUGUAACCGCAGCGGCAAAGGUGACCUGUGUAUCGACUUUUAACUCCGCUGUUGAGGAGCAACAACUGUUCUCGCCAAAGAUCCUCGUUGUAGAUACGCAUGGAAUGAUGGCUACGAAUGCAUCACCGAGUACUAUUGCCUAUGGCACAGCUGAAACAUCUUUCACGGAUCACCCAAUAGCAGCUAAACUUCACAAUGAGCUGCAAGGUUCUGCGGAGACUAAUCAAACCGUAGUCAAAGAACAGCCGCUGCCUAUACGACCAUCUCUCGAAGCUAACAAGCCGAAAGUUUUUUCUGAAGGGCCGAAAACAAAGACAGACGAAGAAAAGCAGAAGAAUGCCGAAGCUUCGAACUGUUGUGUUGAGUUCGGGAACUGUUGUGUUUCGAUGCUCACCAGCUGCUGA